AUGCCAAGUCUUGGAGUCAAAGAGGAUUGUUCCGUGAUCUGUAUCGAAGAUCGUGACUCUGUCCUCAUGUUGACAUAAUUUCCCGCCCGUAUUCCGCUCGAUGGUGCAACAUCGAUCAUCUGUGCUCGCUGCGUAGAGUAAGUUUUCGUCGUACUAUCAUUUAAAUAUCCCUCGCUGGCCCUCGCAGGCGAGACAUCAGUUGCUACAUUAGUUUCGUUCGAGCCAAAUUUGUAGCACCCGAGCUUGGCUGCUUAUCACAGUCCAUCAUUCCGGCUGUUCUGUGCGAGCAGACACUUGUCAACAACAGACAGCCGCCUUCAAAGGCACGUUUCCUCACAAUGGCGUAUUCAUCCUCGUCGACUUCUGUUGUCGAGAUGGAGCCAAUCCGUCUGGCACCCUCCACAAAAUCAACUCGAGGACCAUCAACAUCAGUUCCCGGAGAUUUGACACAACAGCACAUCUCUAGCUCAGGUGUCUUGGGGGAUAACGCUGAGGAUCUCCCGGCGCCGAGCACCGCGACGGAUGUCGUGCAGCGGUGGAAUUAUCCUCGCAGCAACGUCCCAAAGGUUGCGGCUUGUUUCUGGAGCUUUGUGGUCAUGGGGGCCAACGAUGCUGCGUACGGUGCCCUGAUCCACUACAUCGAGCAGUACUACAACCUCACCUACCUCAUAGUCUCGCUGAUCUUCCUCUCACCUUUCGUCGGCUAUACCACAUCGGCCUUCAUGAACAACUGGAUCCACUACACGUUUGGGCAGCGCGGUGUGGCCAUGAUCUGUGCUACGUGCCAUCUCAUCGCAUAUCUUAUCAUUGCUCUACAUCCUCCUUAUCCAGUCCUGGUCAUCUCAUUCAUGAUCGCCGGAUACGGUAAUGGCCUCGCUGACGCAGCCUGGAACGCCUGGAUUGGCAACAUGGACCACGCCAACGAGAUGCUCGGCUUCCUGCACGGCCUGUACGGCAUUGGCGCUGUCAUCAGUCCGCUGGUUGCCACAAGCAUGGUCACCAAGGCAAGCCUGCCAUGGUACUCAUUUUACUAUGUGAUGAUCGGCCUGGCCGGCCUCGAACUCCUCACAUCGAUAGCAGCGUUCUGGUCUUCCAACGCCGCGGCGUACCGGGCCUCCAUGAGUCACUCGAGCGAAUCGCACAAGGGCUCGCUGAGGGAUGCCCUCACCAAGCGGCCCGCGGCGCGCGUGACCUGGCUCUGCGCCAUCUUCCUCCUCGGCUACGUCGGCAUCGAGGUCGCCCUGGGCGGCUGGAUCGUGGUCUUCAUGAUCCAGGUCCGAAACGGCGAGGAGUUCGCCUCGGGCAUGACGGCGACGGGUUUCUGGCUGGGAAUCGCCGUUGGUCGGCUGAUCUUGGGGUUUGUGACGCCGCGGAUCGGGGAGAAGUUGGCUAUCAGCAUCUACCUCCCCAUCGUCAUGGGCCUGGAGCUCCUGUUCUGGCUCGUGCCGCAGUUCGUCGUGUCGGCCGUGGCCGUCUCGCUGCAAGGCUUCUUUCUGGGGCCCCUGUUCCCCGCCGCCGUGGUCGCCAUGUCCAAGCUGCUGCCGCGGCACCUGCACGUCGGCGCCAUCGGCUUCGCGGCCGCGUUCGGCGGCAGCGGCGCCGCCGUCCUGCCCUUUGCUGUCGGCGCUAUCGCCCAGGCUAAGGGCGUUCAGGUACUGCAGCCCAUCAUCCUCGCGCUGCUGGGCGUUAUCACUAUUCUGUGGUUGGGCCUGCCGAAGUUUGGGAAGAAGAAGGAGUAGUUAGUGGUGUAGUAGUAGUGUCAGUGAUAUGUGGCAUUUCUGAGCCGGGUAGCCAGGAAGUAUAGUACAUGAGAGGGUAAGAAUCGAAGUGGUUAAGAAUAGACUUAGGUGAAUAUCUCGUGGUAUACAGCGAAUAUUAUAAUCGAUAUAUAUUUACACGUUGGUUGUCAUUGAUGACCAAAUCUUUUUUU